AGCAUGCUGGACCUUCAGAUGGGAGGAGGCUUUCAGGCUUUGUUGUUGUACUAAAGGCGCUACUACGGUCAGCGUUUUCACCUCACCGGAUCACGUUUCCCAUGGAGCAAUGACAGUGAGGGAGAAGGCUGCGGACCUUCUGUUCGACCGGUAAAAGAAGACGAGAGGACGCAGUGAGGGAAACAAUCCGCACACAUAUCCAGUGAUGGUCCGCUGUACAAACCAGAGUAUGUGGUUACAGCUACGAUCUCCACCCCUACUACCAAGUCUUUGACACUUUGGAAUAACAUUAGACCCUUUGCUCACCCUCUGACCUUAAAUGUAACUGAGGUCAGACUCCCUCAUUCCUGCUGUAAUGAAGAUUCACAGCCUGCUGUCCCUCACUGUGGCCUUGCUGGCUUUUCUUAGCCCAUGUUUGACAAGACUGACUCCCAGAGUCUCCUUCCCUAUGGGUAGUCCUGGGAGACAUCUCACCCGCUUCAGUAGCCAUGAUGUUAGCAACACCACCACACUGCUGCUCAGUGAGGGUGGAGACAUGCUGUAUGUAGGAGCCCGGGAUGCUGUGUUAGCACUGGAUGUUAGCCGCAAGGAUGCCAUCAUACUAAGGAACAAGCUGGACUGGAGCCCUUCAGAAAAAGAUCUUGAACAAUGUUCCAUGAAAGGCAAGAAAAUGGCGGACUGUCCCAAUUUCAUUCGUGUACUACAGUUCUUGAACACCUCCCACAUCUAUGCCUGUGGAACAUUUGCCUUCAGUCCACGCUGCACCUACAUUAACUCAGAGACGUUAACAAUGAGCAUUAAGCCUGAUGAAGGUAGAGGUCGCUGCCCCUAUGACCCCUACCAACGCAACACUGCUAUUAUCGUAGAUGGAGAGCUUUAUACUGGGACGGUGGCAGACUACAGGGGGAACCGUCCAGUCAUCUCCCGGCACCUCAGUGAGGGCAGGCGUUUUGACCUGAAGUUGGAUGACACAUUAGGCUGGCUGGAGGAUCCAACUUUCAUCAGCUCCAGUUUCAUUCCUGAUGAGGAGAAAAUCUACUUCUUCUUCAGUGAAGUGGGCAGAGAGUAUGACUUCAUCGACAAAUUUAUUGUCUCUCGUGUUUCUCAGAUCUGCAUGAGUGAUGUUGGGGGCCAGCGGACCCUGCAGCGACGCUGGACCACCUUUGCCAAAGCUCAGCUGUUGUGCCAGGCUGACAAUGAGCUACCCUACAAUGUGAUCCAGGAUAUAGACACCCUACCUCCAGCAGAGGGAGCUCCUGCCGAUGACACUCUCUUUUAUGGCAUCUUCACCUCACAAUGGUCUGUCAACUCUGGACGGUCUGCAGUGUGUUCAUUCCGCCUAAAUGACAUCAAAUCAGUUUUCUCCGGUAACUACAAAGUCCUGAACCGGGACACGUUACAGUGGAGCACACGGGUUCAAGAGAAGGUUGCAAAUCCAGGAGAGUGUGGUCUGCACAACGCUACAGACAACGCCCUACGCUUUGUCAAAGAAAACUUCCUGGCAGAUGACAGUGUGCGGCCAGUUGGGAGAAGUCUAACCAUGGUGUCUGCUGAGCACAACUACAACCAUCUGACUGUCCAGAGAGUCCAGGCUGCCAACAAUAGAGACUACACUGUCCUGUUUCUGCUUACAGACUCUGGUUACCUACACAAAGCAGUGCUGCUGCAGAGUGGGGCCCACAUCAUUGAGGAGGUCCAGGUUUUUGAGCAACCCCAGCCUAUCAAGAGCAUGAAGCUCUCCAUACCCAAGGGUCUGAUAUAUGUUGGUACAUCAGAGGGUGUGGUGAAGGUUCCAACAGCGAACUGUUCCUUUUACUGGACCUGUGCUCAGUGUGUUCUGGCCCGAGAUCCCUUCUGUGGUUGGGACCCUGUCAACAGGGCCUGUGUGGAGGCCUCUAACACUCAGACCAGUCUAGGCCAGGACAUAGACCGAGGGAAUGUUGAAGAGACAUGCACCAGUGUUACAUUAACACAUAGAGCCAGAUUUGGUCCAAACAAACUGCCUGCAGCAUCAUGUCCUACAGGUGAGCUGGUGUCAGUGUCUUUGAAUGAAGUGGUACGGCUGCAGUGUCCUGCUGCAUCGCGGCUGUCCCAACAGCUGUGGGAGCGUCCCAAUAGCCGGCUGUCCUCAGAUCUGUACCUGCACCUGGGGGACGGGAGUCUGAGUUUUGUGGCCACCCCCGCCACACUGGGCCACUACCUCUGCCUAUCCACCGAGAACGGCUACCAACAGACUAUGGCCAUCUAUCAUGUCAAACAGAAGAGCAGCCCCAUGGCUCAAACUCCAACCAGCUACACCUGGCCUCAGACACACUCCAUAACCACCACACAGGCUAUGGCCAGACCCGGUCCUGGAAUGCACACCUCUGUGGGGACUUGGCCUAAAGGAAAAGCAACAAGACAAGGAGAGACUGAGCCAACACUUUCCAGCAGGGACACUCAGGUCAUCACCAGACAGCUGAGCAGGAACUUGACCCAAUGGACAAAGGAAUCUGGGCAGAAAGAGACAAAGUUUCGGGAAGGGGAGCCUUUGCAGUCAGCUCGAGGCCCUUGCUAUGUAAAGGAGCUGGUAGUUGUGUCAGUUCUGCUGGUGCUUUGCCUCAGUUUGCUAAUCACCAUGCUUUUUUAUGUCAUCAGACAGCGUUUCCACAGCCGAACAGCCCCGCAGGCAGGAACUCCAAUAAUAGACUCUGACAGAAGGACCCCUGUGGAGCAGGAGGCCUACAGCGAGAACCAGUUUCUGAGCAAACGCAAUGGAAAAACCCCACACAGCGGACAGGCCAGUGGCCUAGGUUGUAAUGGGGCACUCACAGGCUCUAAUGGGCAUUUGCCCAAUAUGCCCAUCUGAACAGUCCUACACAUUUAAACUGUUACAGAUGAGACUAGAGGUAAGUGGGGGGCCUCCCAGGUACCAGAGUCAUCAUGGUGACUGUCAGUCAGCCGAGUGAGAGGUUUUUUUUGCACAGCCAUUCACAAAGUACAAAGAUUGUGGAAUCCUGUGAUCCUAAUUGGUAACAUUUUGAUCUAAUAAGAUGGAGAGACAAUUUGUCGUUUGUACUUAAAUGCUGUCACAUACUUCUUUGUUGUUGCCAGAAGCCAAAACACAUUUGCUGUGAUGUCCUGAAUGUUUCACUUACUGAUGGGUACAAGCUGAUCCAACUGCAGCUGGUUCUUUCAAUAUUUUUUUUUCAGUUUUCGAUGCAAAGCAAGUGACCGCUACAGUUAUGCAGAACAUAAUCUAACAGAACUGUUAGAUUUUUAAAUUUCCAUUAGAGUCCAGGCCUAUGUUCAGUAAACUUCUCACAAUCCGACAUUUUACAUACAGGCAAACCAGACAUGGUUGUGUAUGCAACUCUUAGGGAAUACGGUUAUAUUUUGCUAAUUUGAUUUGCCAAACACAUUUUAGAGGAAGCAUAUCUGUGGCACAGUUUUCCUCAGUCCAGUGAGUAUGAUAAUUUGUCUGUGAGAUGGCAUUAAAGACAGAAUGUGAACGUGCCCUGGCUACAGUUAAGGUGAUGUUUGGUGGAGCUGUUGGACAAUUCUCACUGAUUUCCUGUGAAUCAUACACACUGGGCCAUUUGGACACUAUCAGCGCAUCCAUAUCACCUCUUCCACUAUGACACAGUGCUGCCACAUCAUGCAAAGAGGCUCUCUUUACAUGAUGUGGCAGCACAGUACAGUAGUGACGUACCCUCAAGGUAUGUCACAUUGGCCUUAUUUCAUGUCUCCUCGCUCCACGGGUGACUCAGACAUUGAUCUGGUCCACCAUCAUGAAGGGAGUUUCAGUUCCCUUAUUUCCUUUUGGAGUAGCAAGGAGGCAGCCCGGAGGAAACAUGAGCGAUGAUACAAUAGAAAAUUCUUCACCUAAGUAUUUUACUGGAUUGACACACCCCUUUUACUAGGAGUCUGUGAGCGACUGGACACUGCGACUGAUUGGAAUGAUCUGAUGCUACUGUUUUAUGCAGAAAUACAUAACAGAUUCAACUCAGGUGUAAUAUCACCACCAACUUUAGAUUUAUUUGUGUUCUGACUCGCUGUUCAGUCAAAAUGAUUGGAUCUGAGGUAACUGUGGGUCUGAUUAAUAAAGGAAGCAUAAUUCUUCAUUCAUCAGAAAGAAUGUUUUUUUUUUCUAACCUGUAUCGUGUAUAAUAUUACAGAAAGGGAGAGGAGAGGCUGAUGUCUUUCAAAAGUAAAAAUGUUACAAUUAAAUAUUGGUAUCUAUGAGGGUGAACAUCCCUGUCCAUCAUGUAGAAAGUAAUUUUUGAUGUGAAAUGUAUUUACAUAAUUUCCACUCUCCCUAAGAUAUAUAUUUAACUAAAUUGUUUCUACGAAUUGCAAGACAUUCUCAUCAUAACCUGGAUAUUUACAUAGUGAAUUUACAAACAAAAUAAUGAAUAAGUAAAUAAAGGGUUGCUUGCUUUGUGCUUUCAUUGUUUGGGCAGUAACUUUACAAACUGUGGUCUGACAGUCUGUUCACAAUAAAAAAAAUAAAAAUACAGGUUUUUAAUUAAUGUGCAGCUGCUUGUCUAACUGGUUAUAUAAGGGGAAACACAGAGACAUUUCACAGUCACUUUGGUCAUGUUGGAGGACGUCACUUCAAUGUGACAGUGUUGCUGGCAGCAGUAACCAUGUGCCCUUAUUAGUAUUUGGACAGUACAUCGUGUUGUCUAAGGCAUACAGAGUUGUUUAGUACCUGCAGACUGACAGCUGAAUCACAUCUGAUCCAGCUGUGAUUCAGCUGUGCUGUCAUCAUCAGAAACUGACAUGUCUUCAAAUGACAGUUCAGAGAAUAGGAAGCCUUCUCUAAGCAAGGAAGUUAUCUAUAAACAUGAUUCCUCCCUCCGCACAUCUUUACCUGCAUCCAAGACAGGGUGAGGGAAACAAUGAGACAUUUAAAACAAAUGAGAAACAGCAAGGGUUUCUGUAAUCUGGAUAGGGGAUUAAGAUGAUUUCACAUAGAAUUCUCCAGGAGAAUGCUUAUUUGUUGGCCAUGUAUCAACAUAACUGGAAUUUGCACCAGAAUCCAAUAACCAGUUGUUGCAUUUUGUUUUUCCAUUCAACACCUGCGGGAGAAUGAAAACAGAUUUGGUAAGGUUAAUGAUUAACUUGAGGAGGUUAACUUUCCGUGGUUAAGAAACCUGACUGAAUACUUUUCUUCUCCAUGGAAAAUCAGGACCAAAUUACAUCACUGAUAGACUGUUUUCAUAUUAGCACAGAUGUUUGACUCUGAGAUGCUGCAUAAAUAAGCCUGGUUAAUAUUUGACAUCUUGCUAACUCUGAGAAAUGCUUACCUUUGUAAUACCUUCAGCACAAUUAUCACUUCUUUGUAUCGUAUUGGGCUCACUGGCAACAUUUUCAAUGUGUUUUGGCUACUGUAUUUUUAAAUGACAUCACUAUGCCCAUUGCGGUGCAUGGCACUAUGAUGACCAUACUGCUCAUUCAGAUGGCCAGCAUCACUGAUGAAAUGAAAAUCUAGAAUGAAUAAAGUCAUCUAUCAUAUCAACAAACAAAUAAAUGCUAUUCUUAAGAAACCAUACAGUACCUUAGUGCAAUUGCAGUAACGUUUGUAUGUCGAUAUUUGUCUCAAGUCAUUGACGUUUCAGAAAUGUUAUUUAUAAAACUAAGUUAUUAAUUGCAAAGGUGGAAAAAUCUAAAAAAAAAUGGAAGAUAGUUAAGUCCUCUUUAAAGUGUUAACAGAUCUUUAAAUUAAUGUUUUUGUCAGUUUAAUUAUCCUUGCAAUGCCAUGAUUUUGUAGUACAUUUGUAAAUGACAGAAAUCCUGGUAUGGUUAUUUUAAG